GAAAAAAGCGCAAAUAAUCGAUACGAAUUGAAGUUCAGUGAAGGCCAAGUUAUCUGCAAAAAAAAAAUCAAUAACAAUUUGAGUUUCUUUAGAAACCAACAAAGUAAACUACUGUGUGUGAGUGUGGAGGAGCAGAGAGCGGGGCAAGAGUGUUCUUAAGGAGACAAAAAGUGCCAGAAACCGUGUGUCCUCCAUAUGUAGACCUUGCAAUUGUAAACGUAUUUACUUAUCAGUCGCCGUCUUAUUGCGACGAAACAAAUAACAAAAUAAUUUACAUCCCCGCCCUGAGCGAAAGGCGGCGUCAUCAUGGUUUUGGAAUCGGUGGUAGCCCAUUACCUCAACAAGUACCUCUUCAACUAUGUGGAGAAUCUUGAUGGCAAUCAACUCAAAAUCAGCGUAUGGGGUGGUGAUAUUGUUCUAAACAAUUUAAAAAUACGAGAAAAUGCCUUAGACGAUUUAGAUCUGCCAGUACAGCUGGUAUAUGGACACUUGGGAAAAUUUGUUUUGAAAAUACCAUGGAAGUCGAUAUACAGCCAACCCGUUGUUGCCCAAAUCGAAGAUUUAUUUCUAUUGGUGGCACCCAAACAAAGUGUACCUUACAACGAAGAAAAGGAGCUGAAGAGUCAGCUCGAAAGCAAACAGGCGGCCCUAAAGGCUUUGGAUGAGGCCCACCAACAGGAAUUGGAGAAGGAUAACAAAGCCGAUCCUGGUUAUGUGGAAAAAUUAGUGGCCCGCACCAUCAAUAAUAUUCAGGUUAAAAUUGCCAAUGUCCACAUAAGGUAUGAGGACAAUACAAAACCCGAAAGCCCUUAUGCUUUUGGUGUUACUCUACACGAUUUCGAAAUAUUUACCACCGAUGAGAAUUGGCAGAAAUGCUUUGUGGAUGGUGUUAUUCGCCAUGUCUUCAAGUUGGCUAGUCUGGACUGUUUGUCAGUCUACAUGAAUUGUAAUGCCGAUACCUAUAGCACAAGGCCGGGUCAUGAAAUUGUGCAGCUAUUUAGAAAUCACAUAGCGAAUAAAUCAAAUGUUCCAAAGGGCUAUUCAUUCGUAUUGGGUCCCAUAUCCUCUGUGGCCAAACUGUUGCUGAACUCCGACCCCAAUCGUGAUGAACCACCCUUUAGUAUACCAAAAACCGAUUUGUCUUUGCAAAUGGAAAAACUGAAUAUUGGUCUUACCUCAACCCAGUUUCAGCUUAUAAUGGGCUUAUUGGAUGAUAUGAAUCACUUUUCUUUGGGUGUUCCCUAUCGCAAAUACAGGCCCUUCAAUACACCUUACAAAGGCAAUGCCAAGACUUGGUGGAAAUUUGCCAUUACUGCCGUUCUCGAGGAACAAAUCAAGAAAAAGAAUCGUUCCUACACCUGGGAGCACAUCAAGGAACAUCGUCAACUGUGUCGCACCUAUGCCGAGUCGCACAAGGAACGUUGCCUAACCAAAAAGCCCUCAGCAACUCUGGAAGAGACCUGUGCUUUGGCCGAACAGAAGCUGGAUCUCUUCAAUUUAAUGUUGAUACGAAAACGCAUCCAACUGGAGGUGGAUCGUGUGCGUCAAAGUGAGGAAACCAAGAAGGAGAACACCAAAAAAGCCGGCUGGUUCGGUGGUUGGUUUGGUGGUGGUAAAAAGAAUGAUGACGAUGAACAAGUGGAUUUGGUGUCGAGUAUUCAGGCUGCCAUGACCCCAGAGGAGAAGAAAAAGCUCCACAAGGCCAUUGGUUAUGAGGACAAUAUGGCACCGCUCCAGCUGCCGGAACAUUAUGAAGCGGUCCACAUGAAAUUUACUUUGGGUGCCUUUGAAAUUGGCCUAUACGAUGAUUCCGAGGGUCCAGGGGCUGUGGAUUAUCACUCGCUGCAGACAAUAAUGUUAUUAAAACUGAAUACCACCACAUGCACGGUUAAGCAAAGGCCAGGUGCAAAUGCCAUAAGUGUCUCGGUGGGCAUGAACGAAUUGAUAUUGACCGGCUUUGAAAAGGACAAUAUUGCUCCCACAAUUAUCAAAUCGAAAAUAUCCCAUGAAAAUAAUCUCUUGGAUAUAUUCUUUGAAACAAAUCCGCUGGACAAAGAAUGUGAUCAACGUGUCCAAGUGACGGCACGUCCGCUGCAAAUAGUCUACGAUGCCGAGACAAUUUUGAAGCUAAUGAAAGUUUUUGUACCCAAACAGUCAGUGAAUCUCUCAGAAUUGGAAGGGGCGGCCACAUUGAAAAUAUCCAAUUUCAAAGAACGUUCCGCCACCGGCAUGCAGUACAUGAUUGAGAGUCAUGCCAUUGUGCAAUUGGACAUUCGACUCAUGCCAAAUAUAUUGAUAUUGCCACAAGGCGGAAAAUACGAAGCCGGCAAGCAGUCUUUGGUCGUAGUAGGCCUGGGCGAACUUCGUGUUUCCUCGGCACCACGCAAAGAUACAUCAAAGGACGUUACCUCUUUAUAUCACAGCGGCAAGGAACAGGAUGAAAUUCUACAAAUGGUUAUGGAUAAGGCCUAUGAUCGCUACAAGGUCUCCAUUGAAAAUAUACAGGUUAUGGUCGUAAAACCCCAUGAAAAUUGGGAAUUGGUUAUGAAUAAAAUGUUGGACACUGACAUGCACCUGCUGCGACCCACCUCUGUGAUUGUGGACUGUGAGAUAUGUGUGGUGGAUGAUGAUCCCCGAUUGCCCAAAACCAAAAUUGGUAUCUUGUUGCCUUCCAUUAAAUUGAAUCUAUCCGAAGAUCGUGUGUUCGAGGCAUUGACUGUGGGACUGAGUAUACCCUUGCCGGAAAAAGAUCAGCCUGUGGAACCACCUAAAACCAAUAUGGUUAAGGCUUUAAGCAGUGCCUCGAUUAUGCGUUCUAUACCACAAUUCCUAAAUCAGGAUGUCAGACGUAAGGCCUUGGCCUCCACCAAUCUGGCAACAGAUGUUGAUGUGGUUCAAUACACUAGUUUGGAGUUGAGUUUUGCUUUGAAAGAAUUCAGUGUAACGCUGAUAAGGACUUCGGCCGUUGAUUUAGUAUCGCCCUUAAGCGAUGGUUCCUCGUUGGAAUUUAAUACACCGUCGCCACAGUCGCAGGAUUCUGAGGCAGAUAUAGAAUUUUUGGACUCCCAAAGCACAGCAAGUGUCUCUGUGCCAGACUCCCAUAAAUUGCUGGCUUUCCAGGUCCUCCAAUUGGAAGUAUCGGUGGCUCAACGUACCUUUGAAUUAGUAGCCCAAGCCAAACUUGGUGCCAUAAGUUUAAUGUCUUAUGAGCAAAAUCAAGCGAAACAGGAUCAAGAACUUGUGGUAAUCGAAACUCCAGGCUUUACCCAGGAUGGCAAGGCCUUGUUAAAUGUUUCCUUUACCUCGGUGGAUAAGACAACACCCGAUUUUAUAACCAAAUACAAAUCCAUUGAACAAUUGGCGAAGAUCAAUUUUGCCACCCUGAAUGUUAUACUGCAUCAAGAGAAUAUUUUGCAUAUAAUGGAAAUUGCGGAUCAAUUACAACGUAAAGUGGACAAAAUUAUGAGCUCUGUGGCCAAGCCCCAACCCCAACUUAAGCCAAAGGAUCGUGUUGCAUCAGCUGCCGCUGAUGAGGGCGUUAUAUUCAAACUGACACGUAUUGCGGAGGAAAAUGAGUUUUCGAAUUUGACCGGAACUACGCCCUCACCUACCGCAACAGUGGCCCGUAAAUCUCGUCGCAGCACAAAACAAAAUGUUGUCGAGAGCAUUAAAAUGAAAAUUGAAGCCAAUCUGGAACAGGUUGGCCUUGAGUUGACAUGUCGCAAACGUUCAUUGGCUACUUUGAAAGUAAAUCAUUUGUAUGCAGGUGUUGUUCUCAAGACAUCCUAUACGGAAAUCCAGUUGGGUCUGAAGGACAUUCUCAUACGUGAUAUGAAUCCGGCAAAUAUACAUUCCAAUAUUUUGUCUAUUGUGGGUAAAGAUGCCUUGAGAUGUGAUGUGGUCCAGUAUAAUCUGGAUGAGACCAGCAAUUACAAUUCGGAUGACAUGAAAAUCAAUGUUGAGAUUGGUUGUAUGAAAAUUGUAUUCGUCAAUUGGUUUGUUACCUCUGUGCUUAGUUUCAUGAACAAUUUCCAAGCUGCCCAGCAAGCGAUUGCAAAUGCCAGUGCCGCUGCUGCGGAUGCUGCCAAACAAAAUGCUGUAGCUGUCUAUGAGAAGGCCACACGCAUGAAACUGAAUGUUAAAGUCAAGGCCCCAGUUAUUAUUGUGCCCAUAGACUCAAAGAGUUUGGAUGCCAUUGUACUCGAUUUGGGUCAGUUGAUUUUGAGCAAUGUCAUUACUGACAUUAGUACUCCGGAUAAUGAGAAAGGACCCGCUGUUCUGGAUGAAAUUAAACUGGUACUCAAGGAUAUGCGUUUGGUACGUGUAAAUAUUUUGGAGGAAACUCAACAAUAUCAGAGCCAUUCCUCGGACUUAAAUGCACCGCUGGAUGUUGUGGACUCCAAUUUUGGUUUCAAAUCAAAAUUAAAUAUUUUGGAUCCAACAAGCUUUACUUUGGUGGUCAAACGUAACCUGUCGUUCUCUUGGUACAAAAAACAACCUGAAAUUGAUAUUUCUGGACGUUUGCGAUCAAUUGAAUUGAAUCUGUUCACGGAUGAUUAUGGGCUAAUAAUGUCGAUAUUAAAUCGAAAUAUGAGUGAGGGGGCAAACGAAUUCCCCAAUGUUGCCGCUGCAGCUCCGCCGCCUACACCUCUUGCGGCACCACCUAAAAGUCCCACAUCAUCUAUACCCAAAACCCCUGUCGACAGUCCAGCAAAGAAGGCUGUGGACCAAUUCAAGGAGAAAAUGCGCCUCAAAAGCAUUGAACAAGAACGUGUUUGCGAACAAUUUAAAUUCAAUUUCCAAUUGGAUGGCGUGGUCAUUAAUCUAAUGACCGAUGUCAAUGAGGGUCUGGCUCGAUUUGGCCUUUACGUUAUUUCCCUAAAGGGUACCAAACUUAUGGACGAAACCCUGACCACAAACAUCGUUUUGUGUAAUAUGCAGCUGGAAGAUACCCGUCCGAGUAACACCAGUGAAAUUAAAAAGUAUCUCUGUCGUAAGGAUUGGUUUGAUGUAGAACUGGAGGAGCAUUUAGGUUCCCCAUCAAAUCAAGUGGACAAUAGGUCAACACGUGACAGCCAAUACAUGUUGGAUGUCACCGCGGUGAUCAAACAAAAUGACACCAUGGCGAAAGUGCGCAUUUCCAGUUUUGAUUUGAUUUUGUGUGUAGAUUUCAUGUUGAAAUUGACAGAGUUCAUUAAGGUACCAGAAAGUGAAGAGAAGCCUGAGGUGAAAGAGGAAGAAGAACAAGCCAUGGCUAUUGCGCCACAACAGCAACAGCCGGGUCAGAUUAAAACCAUGGCAAGUGCAGCAGCUGCUGUUCGCCAAAAUACUCAGGUUGAGGUUGCCGAAGAAGAUAAGGAUGUGAAAAAAAUGAAUUUGACUUUGAUAAUUGAGGAACCCGAUAUAAUUCUGGUGGAAACCUUGAGUGAUAUGAACACAAGUGCCAUUGUCUUUAAUAUGGCUACCAACAUCAAUUAUCGUGUAGUGGGCAAAACCGAGAAAAUCGAUGGUAAAAUUGAUAAUCUGAAGAUGUACAUGUGCUCCUUUGCUCCGGAAAAACGCCAAUCGACCCAACAUUAUAUUUUACAUCCUUGCUACAUAAAUUUGCAUAGCUCAACGCCACCCGGUGAAGAGGGCAUGAAUGUGAGCUUAAAAACCAGUGCUAUUUUCAUCAAUAUAUCUCCAGCCGCCUUGGAACUUUUCAACAAGGCCAUGAAAUCCAUUACCUCCAAUAGUGCUGAUGAAAGUAAAAAUUUGGAACAGGCUAACUACAGCGAUAUUUGGACACCAAAGAAAUUCAAAGAUAAUGAUUUCUGGUUCUUGAAACCAGACCAAGCUGAAGAUGCUGUCUUUGUUUUGGAGCCACAAGCAUCACCACAAGCCGUCACCUCUACCAAACGUGAAUGCUGUAUUAUUGAAGUUGAAAACUUCGCCUUGAUAUUGGAGUCGGGUACUGGCUGCUUUACGACACCCUUGUUAUCCAUUGAUACCACAUUGGAGGCAAUGGCCAAUAACUGGAGUUCAAAUCUAAGUGCCAGUGGUCGCCUUAGUUUGACAAUGAAUUACUACAAUCAGGCAUUGGCCGAUUGGGAACCUGUAAUUGAAAGAAACGAACGUAUAAAGAAAGACGGCGAACGUGUUACAUCGCCGUGGGAAUUGAAUUUCAAUUUGGAAAUUGAGAAAACCGUCUCAGAAAUUGAGGAAGACAAAGAGGAAUCGAAAACCUCCAUUAAAAUACAUUCUGAAGAAAAUCUAGAGAUGACGGUUAGUAAAACCUUCCUGGAUAUUGUUACACAAUUGGGAGAGGCCUUCAGUAAAGCUAUGGAUCCAAGUGGUUUAAUUAAACCCGAUGUUGAGGCUGGUCAUGUGGUAAUCAAUGACACCGGCUUUGAUUUGAAUUUAUCCUUUACUCGCGGUGCUUUUACUCUGCACGAAUGCCACAUGCCACACGGUAGUGUGAGUGGCAACAAAUCGUUGGUAUUCCAAAGUGAACAGGGCAAAGAAGUUGUGCCAGACACUGUGCAACAUUGUACCAUAUCACCGGGAUGCAAGGCAUAUUUACAAUCGAAAUCGGUACCCGAAGGACCGGAUGCUUAUGAGCAGAAUAUUUAUGCCACAAUAGGAAGUAUAAAUAAACAAUUGGUUUUGCCUGUCUGCAAGUCAGACAAGCGUUACUUCCCAUUGUAUCGUGACACAAAUCAGGAUCCUUGGGGUAUUGUGUCCGAAGUGAAAAUGGAAUUUGGUGUUACGGUCAUAAAUAUACACAGUGUUUUGAAUGUUAACAAUCACUUUACCACACCGGUGAAAAUAUUCCGUAAAUUGGCCAAGAAUGGGGAAAUGAUUCAGGUGGGAGUAGUAGAGCCGGGUAGCAUCUACCAUGUACCCUUACAUGCCAUAUAUUCUGAAAAUAAAUGUCUGUUCUUUGGAAUAGAGGACUAUCAUGUUUCGGUACAAGGCAUAAAAUGGGAUGACUUCCCCACAGACAUGAACUACAUGCGUCAUCUACAAUGUGAUCCAAUUGAAACUUUUGAACCCUUCUUCAUCAAUGUGAGCCGAGAGAAAACCGAAAUCUAUCAUGAGCAUACGAAUAAAUUUAAAUUGCUUAGUGCUUUCUAUACCUUGCACUUGAGACCUCCAGUUUAUUUGCGCAAUUCAUUGCCCAUUAAUGUUACAGUUUCGGUGGCCGGUUGUUCGGUACGCCAGGCAAACUCUGCCAAUGAGGCGGUACAAACUGAGGAAUCAAUUUCAUCCGGAUCGGAAACAGAUAAAACCAAAUCUCAAUCACAAGUUGAUACAUUUGUCAAAGAGGACCUGCUGGACUAUGGUGAGAAAGAUAUUGAGGCUGGUAGUGUUUUACAUUUGCCCACAGUAACAUUGGCUGGACGUAGUAAGGUGUCCAAGAGUUAUUUGGUUGUAAGGAUGAUUCAGUAUUUAGAACGUGAUUGGUCUUGUACCACGGAAAUUUGUGAAAACCAAAUCGGUGUUGUCAAUUGGCGUUUUAGUUCAUAUGAUUCGGAUGUAAAAAUGAGCAUGGAUUUGUGUGUUAAAUUUGAAGACCGCUAUGGAAGUUUAUUGAUAACCCUCUUCUCACCAUUCUGGCUCAUCAAUAAAACUGGCCAAAUGCUGAGCUAUAAAACGGACAGUGAAAAUGUUGAAGUUCUAUAUCAUCCACCCGAAUAUACUGGACCAAUUCUGUUUUCGAUGCGUGAUAAAUAUUUGUUUGAUAAGAAAACAUGUACCAUCCGUGUGGACAAUGGUGAAUGGAGUAAUAAGAUACCACUUGAUGUGGCUGGUUCUGUUGGCUCCAUCGGCUGUAAGACUAAUGAUCAAACAUACCAGAUUGGUGUUCAUAAUCACUUAACUCAAAAUUCCCUGACCAAACAAAUCACCUUUAUACCCUAUUAUACAAUUAUGAAUAAAUGUAGUUAUGUUAUUGAAGUCCAGGAAAAUUCACGUCCCGCAGAUCCCUGGAAUAAGCUUGAACCCAAUAGCUGCUUCCCCUUGUGGCCUCGCAACGACUCAGAUCACAUGUUGGUUGUCAAGGUCGAUGGCCAACGUACGGUACCAUUUAAGUACUCAGAACCAUGUAACAAUUUGCUGCAAUUAAAUACACACAAGAAUGGCGGUGUAAAUGUUGAUGUCCAAACCACUGAGGGUGGCGUCUAUAUAACAUUCACAGAAUAUAAUCCAGGAGAUGCCCCAGGUUUAUUAAUCAAUCAUACUCGCUAUCCAGUUUAUUACUAUGAAAAGGGUGUGGGCAACAAAAUGGUGUUGCAGCCUCAGCAAAAGGUCCUCUAUACCUGGUGUAAUCCAGCAGGUGAAAAGGCUUUAGUUUGUGGUGAAAACAAUGUUGAAAAUGACUUGAGGCGUGAUGGUUUUGGCAAAAUCACCUUGGAAGGUGACAGCGCUCCCUACUGGGUAUCGUUUUUGAAUGGUCUACAACGUGUUUUGUUGUUCACCGAAUACGAAGCCAUUGCCAAGAAAUCGGAGACCACAAAUGCUCUAACAAGCAUUACCCAAUCCAUUGAAAUCAAAAUACAUGGUAUUGGCUUGUCGUUGGUGAACAAUGAAACAGGUGUUGAUAUCCUAUAUCUAGGAAUUACGAGCUCAGGCAUUGUGUGGGAAACUCGGAAACAUGCCAAGAAACGCUACAAGCAAUUUAGUUUACAUGAAACAGAACGCCUGGAAGCCAUGUAUCAGGAAUAUUUAUUGGACAAAGUAAGGAACUCCAAAAAGAGCUAUUCUUUGGAUGGAAAAUAUGAGAUUGAUUUCGAAAACAACACCAUGCUGAAGAAUAACACUCUACGCGAGAUUAAACGUUACUUCCAACCCGGCGUUUGGAUUGGCCUAGACUCAUCGCCCUUCCAGUCGCAGGUGCAUGCCAAAAUCAAUCGCAUACAGCUGGACAAUCAACUAACCGAUUGUAUAUUCCCCGUGGUAUUGGCACCCAUACCUCCGCCUAAGACACUGGCCAAAUCAAUACAAUUCAAACCUUUUGUGGAAGUCAGUAUUGUUGAGAGGGUUGUACCCCACUCCACCGUUAAACAGUACAAAUAUGCCCGCGUACUUAUGCAAGAGUUCCACUUCAAAGUUGACUUGGUCUUUCUUAUGGCUAUUGCUGAACUAUUUUCGGCCAGUGUUGAUGAUGAACGUGAGGCGAAACUCUUCAAGGAUGAUGUGGAAUCGAUUGAAAAGCCAUUAUCUGAUUUGGUACAAAUCCAUUCGCAGCAACAACAAAAGAAUUUCUAUGAUAAUUUACAUUUGGGUCCCAUGAAAGUCCAUGUUAGUUUCUCUAUGGCGGGUGUUGAUACAUCUGCCUUGCCGGGUUUCCUAUCGAAUCUGCUGCAAGGUGUUGGUGUCACUCUCACCGAUGUCAAUGAUGUUGUCAUUCGUUUGGCUUUCUUUGAGCGCGAGUAUCAAUUCUUUACCCAAGACCAACUGAAAUCGGAAAUCGUAUCACAUUAUACGGGUCAAGCCUUGAAACAGAUUUAUGUUUUGGUAUUGGGUUUGGAUGUUUUGGGUAAUCCAUAUGGUUUGGUCGUCGGCAUUAAGAAGGGUGUUGAAGAUUUGUUCUAUGAACCAUUCCAGGGAGCCAUUCAAGGUCCAGGAGAAUUUGCCGAAGGUUUGGUUUUGGGUGUACGCUCAUUGUUUGGUCAUACUGUGGGCGGUGCUGCUGGUGCAGUAUCAAAAAUAACUGGCGCCAUGGGUAAAGGCCUGGCUGCCCUUACCUUUGACGAUGAAUACCAAAAGAAACGACGCCAGGCAAUGAAUGCUAAACCCAAGACUUUCCAGGAAGGCAUGGCACGCAGUGGCAAAGGUUUAGUUAUGGGCUUUGUUGAUGGCGUUACUGGCUGUGUUACAAAACCAAUUACCGGAGCCAAAGAAGAAGGUGUUGAAGGCUUCUUCAAAGGCUUGGGUAAGGGUACAAUUGGUCUGGUUACACGUCCCACAGCCGGUAUUGUCGACUUUGCGCAUGGCACCUUUGAUUCCGUGAAACGGGCCACCGAAGUACAGGAUGAGACGACACGUUUACGGCCACCACGUCUGUUCCAUGAGGAUAAACUGCUGAGAUCAUAUUGUUUGGAUGAGGCCAAGGGCAAUCAAUUGUUGAAGGAAAUUGAAAAGGGCAAAUAUGCCAGUACUGAUAGCUUUGUUCACUGCGAAGAGAUUGUGGCGAAACAGGAAUUCGUGGUGGUCUCCAAUCAUCGUAUUAUUUAUGCCACACGCAAUGAUAUGUUUGGUACAUGGGGUGUUCAAUGGACAUAUUUAUGGUCGGAAAUCCAAAAUGUCACCAACACAGAUCGUGGCAUUGAAAUUUUAUUGAAAAAAGAAGGCAAAAAGGUUUUGGGCCUAUUUAGUUCCGGCGAACAACAACAUAAGCUGAUAUUAAUGUCAUCACCAAAACGUCGCGAAAAACUGCUUGAAGCAAUUGAAUCUCAUCGUGUGGUUUCGUAGAGAGGACGAAUGCAUAUGCCGCCUGCAGCGCACACAAACAACCAACCAACUGAAUUUCGAAGGACUUACCUUAAAACAUUCAUUAGACUUGAUGUUCUAUGUAUUUUUUUUUUACACGAACCACUAAUCCUAAUAUAAGCUACAUUUCCCCCCUAUAUUCAGUUUUAUUAUUUUCCACUUUACUUACGAUCCCCUGCAUUAUCGUAUACUGAAUGAAGUUACUAAUAAUUUUUUUUAUAUAAAAAUCCGCAAAAAAUAUUGAAAUGAAAUCCACUCUUGUUUUUUGUUUUCACAAAUUUCUUUUAUUUUUGUUUUUUUUUUUUUUUAAUUUGCAUUAAGCUUUUUUACGCUCAUUUAUAUAACUACUUUUUCUAAAUGUUUUACAUUGUUGUUAUUGUUGCAUAACACACUUACCACAAUAACACACAGAUACAGGCUUAAACUUAUACGAACAUAAAACUAUAAACUAAAACACAUACAUCUAAACAAUAAUUUUUAAUAAUAUUAAUAAUAAUUAUAGAGAA